AUGGCUCACACUCUGAAGAGCAAUCCAUGCAAACAUGUGUGUGUGUGUGUGUGUGCGUGUGUGUGUGUGUGUGUGUGUGCGUGUUCAGACUCUGUCAGGUUGGUGAAUGGUCCCAGUCUGUGUUCAGGCAGACUGGAGGUGAAAACCUCCCAGUCCAACCAGAUCUGGUCUACAGUAUGUGAAGCUGACAUUGACCGGCAAGAUGCAGAGGUGGUCUGCAGGGAGCUUGGCUGUGGAUCUCCUUCAGCCCUGCAGGGGGCGCUCUAUGGAGAAGUGGAAUCUCCAACAUGGACAGCAGAGUUCCAGUGUGGAGGAACAGAAUCCUCCCUCCUGGACUGUAGAAGAUCAGGCUCUGUUAGAAACACCUGCUCACCUGACAAAGCCGUCGGACUCACCUGUUCAGAACCGGUCAGGUUGGUGGGAGGAGCCAGUGGCUGUGAAGGAACACUGGAGCUGAAACGAGCUGAGUGGAGACCAGUUAAAGGUCCCGACUGGUUCUUGAUGGAAGCAGCUGCCGUCUGUGGUCACAUGAAAUGUGGUUCUGCUGUUUCUGUUCAAAAACGUGCAAAUUCCUCAGUCAGAUCUGUGUGGUGGGUCAGUUCUGACUGUGUUCGGCCUGGAUAUCCUCUGACAGAAUGCGCAUCAGCAGAUUCAUCUUCCUCCAUCCUGGAUGUUACCUGUUUAAACUCUGUCAGGUUGGUGAAUGGUCCCAGUCUGUGUUCAGGCAGACUGGAGGUGAAAACCUCCCAGUCCAAACAGAUCUGGUCUACAGUAUGUGAAGCUGACAUUGACCGGCAAGAUGCAGAGGUGGUCUGUAGGGAGCUUGGCUGUGGACCUCCUUCAGUCCUGCAGGGGGCGCUCGAUGGAGAAGUGGAAUCUCCGACAUGGACAGCAGAGUUCCAGUGUGGGGGAACAGAAUCUUCCCUCCUGGACUGUAGAAGAUCAGGCUCUGUUAGAAACACCUGCUCACCUGACAAAGCCGUCGGACUCACCUGUUCAGAACCGGUCAGGUUGGUGGGAGGAGCCAGUCGCUGUGAAGGAACACUGGAGGUGAAGCUCGGAACAUGGAAACCAGUGAAAGCCUCAGGUUGGACCGUGCAGGAAGCAGCUGCAGCCUGCAGAGAUUUGGACUGUGGUUCAGUCGUUUCCAUGGGAACCAGGAAUGACUCUUCAGUUAGACAAGUUUGGGAAAUUGAGAUCAGGUGUUUGAAAUCUGGAUACCCACUAAGGCAGUGUGCAUCGCCGUCAUUGUUGUCAUCGCAGUCUGGCACAAUUCUGGAGCUUGUGUGCACAGACCUGCUGGUUCAGCCGAUCAUUUCGGUGUCGUCCCGUGGCGGGGUCAGAGGCGCCCUGCAGCGGAGUUCAGUAGGAGUGUUUCAGGGCUCCAGCUUCACCAUCGGCUGCUCCAUCCAGCCACAGUAUCCAGGAGGCUCCUUCCAGCUCUCCUUCAACUCUUCCAACACGACACACAGCUACGCCCAGCCAGCCAGCAAUCACUCUGCACGCUUCCUGUUUCCUGCUGCAGAGCCGGCCCACAGAGGAAGCUACCGCUGUGUUUAUAACGUCCAUGUUUUCUCUCAUAACUUCUCCUCCGACAGCCGUGUGCUGACUCUGACGGUCUCAGAUCCAGCAGUUUUCAUCAUCAGACUGGUGGUCCUGCUGUUUUGUCUGCUGAUCUUCAUCUCUGCGAUUUACUGCAGUCACAAGGUUGCGAAGAGGCCACCAGAGGGCAGCAGACUGUCCCACGGAAGAUCGUGGAUGUUGGAGGAAACGAAGAGGGAGGAGGUAGUGGAAGAACAAGAGGAGGCAGCUCUGUAGCGACACCGUAUGGUGGAGAAUGUGUACUGAAGGAAGCAGCUCCUUAGAACCGCUGAAACAUUCUUUCUGUUACUUUGAUGCUCAAUGUCUUUUGCUGUAUUUUUUGUUUGGUUCUGUUUUUCCAGACUAUUGUCUUUUGUUUUUUUUAUUAAUGACUUUUAAUAUAGUCCUUAUGAUAUGUUUUCAGAGUGUUUAGGUUUA